AUGCUCGAUCAAGAGAGCUACAUCAACGAUCUGUUGCAACGAUUCAAUGUGGCCGAUUGUAAUGUGGUUGCGACGCCUGCUGAUCCGAACCAGAAGCUGACCAAGGAGAUGUGUCCGAACACUAACGAGGAACGGAAGCAGAUGGAAAGCGUGCCAUACCGAGAGCUAGUGGGAAGUCUGCAAUACCUGGCGCAGUCGACAAGACCGGACAUUUGUUUCGCGGUCAACAUGGUCAGCCAGUUUUGCCAGAAUCCAGGCAAGGCGCAUUGGACGGCGGCCAAACGGAUACUGCGGUAUCUCAAAGGUACAAAGGCGAUGAAGUUGACCUACUCUAAGGACUCGGAGGAAGCAUUUGUCGACUAUAGCGACGCCGAUGCGGGGAACGACCCCGAUACUCGUCGAUCGAUCACCGGCUACGUGUUCAAGCAAGCUGGUGGUGCGAUAUCCUGGAGCUGUCGAAAACAGGCCACUGUCGCUCUGUCCACCAUGGAGGCGGAAUAUAUGGCUGUUUCGGCGGCAACCCAAGAAGCCAUGUGGUGGCGUGGAUUACGGGAGGAGCUGCAUGGUGUGUCCGAAGCUGUGCAAAUCCGUUGCGACAACUUGAGUGCUGUGCAUCUAGCGAAGAAGGAGGUCGGAUAUUCACCGCGCAGCAAGCAUAUUGAUAUCCGACAUCACUUUGUGCGUGAGAAGCUGGCGCAGAACAGAUAG